AUGUUAUUCGUGAAUGGCCACACUCCACUCGACAUCCUCACCUGUCAACAGCCUCAUUUCACUCCCGUAGGACUCCAAUUGGCGAUCGAUUUCAUGCAUUCACGCGCAAUUCGAGUGCAAUUUCAUAAGUUAACGGAUGCAAUGGCGGCUGCGCACGCUCGGGGAAUAUCGGAUAUGAUGCACGCGCUUGAGCUCAAGGAGGUGAUCGAGUUUGCUGUCGAUGAAUUGCCGCCGAUGUUGUACGAGAUGUUGGAUAUUUUGCGACAAGAAAGGGCAUUGUUGGGUCGAUGCUGCGGUUGGAUCACAUUGAAGGUAGAAAUGAUGAAUUCAUCAGAUUGCUGGAAACUGCAGGAGGUGAUGCCUUUCUCGACUACCCGGGAGUUGAGAAAGACCAGA